AUGGACCUUGUCUGCUUUGCUUUGGUCCCUUGUUCUAAUCCUCAAUACCCAAACAACCCCACCGAAACUCCACCAGAUAGUUGCCCCAGGGAUGCUCUUAAGCUGGGUGUAUGUGCAAAUUUUCUGGGCGGCAUGUUCGGAGCUGUAAUCGGAACACCUCCGGUCACUCCUUGCUGCAUCGUUCUGGGAGGUCUAAUGAACAUGGAAGCGGCUGUUUGCCUUUGCACCAUCAUUAGAGCCAACAUCAUGGGCAUCAGUUUGUAUAUCCCUGUUUCCAUCACUAUGCUUCUCAAUGUCUGUGGAAUACCUCCUCCUGCUGGCUUUAUAUGUGCUGUUGAACCAAUCAUCCCUUCACCAUCUCCUCCCACUCACUCUCAGUGA